CCUCUUUAGUAGCUUCUUUCUCCCUCAUUUAUGGCGCGCGGAUCCCCCAAAACCUUUCCCUUAAUCCUGUCUCCGACCAAUGCGAUUUCCUCUCUGUCAUUCACCUUCAGCCUGUCGCCUGAGCAAUAUCGUACCAAUGUCGAACGGGUUGAGUUAUCUGGUUUGGUUCCGAAAGGGGCUCCGAAUACACGACAAUCCGGCUCUAGAAUUCGCCUCCAAGGGCUCCGAAUUCAUGUACCCGGUCUUUGUGGUCGACCCGCAUUACAUGGAGCCCGACCCGUCUGCAUUCUCGCCUGGUUCGACCCGGGCCGGAUUGAACCGGAUCCGGUUCCUGCUCGAGAGCCUCGAGGAUCUGGAUUGUAGCCUCAAGAGACUCGGGUCACGGUUGCUGGUGUUGAAGGGUGAUCCGGGUGAGGUCUUAGUCCGUUGCUUGAAAGAGUGGAAGAUCAAGAAGCUUUGCUUUGAGUUUGAUACAGAUUCGUAUUAUCGAGCUCUAGAUGCUAAAGUAAAGGAUUACGCUUCUUCAGUUGGGAUAGAGGUUUUCUCUCCAGUCAGUCAUACCCUUUUCAAUCCAUCCGAUAUUAUACGAGAAAAUGGUGGGAGGCCGCCUUUGAGCUACCAGUCAUUUCUGAAAAUUGCCGGGGAGCCCUCGUGUGAAAGAUCUGAACUCGUGAUGUCUUAUUCUUCACUUCCUCCGGUUGGGGACACUGGAAAUCUUGACAUUUCGGCUGUACCAAAUAUCGAGGAACUUGGCUAUAGAGACGAUGAACAAGAUGAGCGGACUCCUUUUAUAGGUGGUGAAACAGAAGCCUUGAAGCGACUGGACGAGUCAAUGAGAGAUGAGGCAUGGGUGGCAGAUUUCGAGAAACCAAAGGGCGAUCCUUCAGCGUUCUUGAAGCCUGCAACAACGGUCCUAUCACCUUAUCUGAAAUUCGGAUGCCUUUCUUCGAGGUACUUUUACCAACGCAUUCAAAGUAUUUACAAGAGUGUCAAAAAGCAUACAUCCCCACCGGUUUCUCUCCUCGGACAGUUACUAUGGCGAGAAUUUUUCUAUACUGCUGCAUUUGGUACCCCUAAUUUUGACAAAAUGAAGGGAAACAGGAUAUGCAGACAGAUUCCAUGGAACGAUGAUCAUGAAAUGUUGGUGGCUUGGAGGGAUGGUAAGACGGGUUAUCCUUGGAUUGAUGCCAUCAUGGUUCAGCUCCGUAAAUGGGGUUGGAUGCAUCAUCUGGCACGUCACUGCGUUGCCUGUUUCCUAACUCGUGGCGAUCUGUUCAUACAUUGGGAAAACGGCCGUGAUGUCUUCGAGAGACUUCUGAUAGAUUCAGACUGGGCAAUCAAUAACGGAAACUGGAUGUGGUUAUCUUGUUCAUCAUUCUUUUACCAGUAUAACCGUAUAUAUUCUCCUAUAACUUUUGGCAAGAAGUACGAUCCCGAUGGGAAAUACAUUAGGCAUUUCCUCCCCGUCCUGAAAGAUAUGCCAAAGCAGUAUAUUUACGAGCCAUGGACCGCGCCUCUGAGUGUUCAAACUAAAGCAAACUGCAUAAUCGGGAAGGACUAUCCAAAACCAGUGGUUUGUCACGAUUCUGCGGGCAAGGAAUGCAGAAGGAAGAUGAGUGAAGCGUAUGCGUUGAACCAGAAGAAGAACGGUCAGGUGGGCGAUGAAGAUUUGAGGAAUUUGAGGAGAAAGCUCGAGAAAGAUGAACACGACGAGUCCAUGACCAGGAAACAGAGAUCAAAACUCAACUAAGUAGAAAAGAUUUCAGACAUGGUUGCUGGAAUACUUGGCUGAUAAAAUUAGUUUCAGACAUUGAUAAGUAAGCUGUUCUGUCAUAAUCUUCGCUUUGUUCUUCAUGUUCUCAGUUAUCUUGUGGAUUGUAUUAAGCGACCUUUUGAAGAUUCUUUGCAACCCAAAAAGCGUGACAAUAUUAUGAUUUUCCAGGGGUGUA